GUCGCGCUUGCGCAGACAUGGCGGUGUGACCACGCCCAGGCCCGCGCUGAAACCUAACAUCCACAGGGUCCCUGGUGCCUUCUCGGAAAGGUCAGUGCGGGGUUCGGAGAGUGAGGUUCCACUGCAGCAGAAAGCUUAUAAAGGCAGCUUUGAUUAAAGAUGACAUCCCUGUUUGCUGAGGAAAUUUGCCUUUCUAAAAGACAUGAAGAAAUAGUAUCACAAAGAUUAAUGUUACUUCAACAAAUGGAGAAUAAACUUGGAGAUCAAAAUAAGGAAAAGGCAUCUCAGAGGCAAGCAGCUGAGAAUGCUUUUAAAAGGAACCUUAGUCUUUUAAAGGAUAUUGAAGCGGCAGAGGAGUCUCUACAGACCCGAAUUCAUGCACUUCCACCACCUGAGGUGGUUUCUCUUGAGACUCUUUACUGGGCAUCAGUAGAAGAAUAUAUUCCCAAAUGGGAACAGUUUCUUUUAGGAAGAGCACCAUAUCCCAUUGGUGUUGAAAAUCAAAUUGAAGCAGAAAAUACCAUUCAAAAUGAAGCAGCAAUAGCUUCUUCGCACACUGUUUCAAAAAACCUGUCUAGUAGAGCUGAGCAUUAAAGAAUGUGCAGGUUGCCACAGGAACUUUAGGAAUCAAGUAUGUUCACAUGGUCUUAUUACCUUUCCACAGCAAGGAAGAUUUGAGAAUUCACUGGCAACUUCCAGCUUGUCACUUAGAGACUUAGAAACUUAUUUCAAUGUCAUGGCUUUCCACCAAAUCCAUGGUAGUAUUAAAAACUGUGAUUGAAAGGUGGAAUGUUGAUUAAAUAAAUUGCUAGGUAAGUGUU